CGCUUAUUUACCUUCUUAUUCAGCCCUGGCAACCCCGCGUAAUUCUAUCUCUGGCUAUCUCUGGAUUAUUCCUAUCCUCCAUCCAUGUCGUUAUUCAACUUGACACAGCUGCCUGACGAUAUCUUGUUCCACGUCUGCAACUUUCUGAGCUCUCCGGGAAUUCUAGAGCUGCGAAAGACUUGUAAACGGCUUCACGACCUCACUCUGGAACGCACGAUCUGGACAAACGCUUAUAGGAAUUUUGGGUACUUUCUUCCCCCAGGCCCGUCAGCUAGUCAGACUGUAUACGAACUUGAGCGGGUUCUCCUGCAUGCCCACCAAUGGGAUACAAUUUGGGCUAUUCCUACUCUUCUGCGGACGAGAGAUCAUCGGUCUUUGAAAAUCAGUGUACCAAAGAUUCGCUCUCUAGCACUUCACCAAGGCAAGUAUCUUGCGAUCGGGACACUCAAGUCCCUCAUUCUCUACGACCUUCAAGCCGAAAAAGAGAUAUAUCGACUUAACAUACCAACCAAGCCGUUUUGGCUCCAAUGUCGGAAUAACAUAACGGAUAGCAGCGCAAAUCUCUAUAUUCCAUUCGGAAGAGAAUCGGGCAACAACACAACUUCUUUGCAGCUGUAGGUCUAUAGUCAUGGUCGUCUCGGACAUCCUUCUUUCUAAUGAUUAUUCUGGAUACGAUAUCCACAGCUGUAUCUGCAAAGUCGAUUCUC